UUUGAAAAUAUUCUAGAACAGCUAAUUACCAAUGAAGUACAAUAUGUCAGGUGAUGUUGAAGAGAAAAGAUGUACCAUUAAGCUGACUGAGGAAAAGCAAGAAGAACAAGUAACAUUUGAUAAAUAUGAGAUUACUGAUAAUUCUGUUAAACAAACUACAUGUAUAUCUAAAAAACAACUGAAGAAACAAGCAAGACAUGAAAAGUGGUUACAACAAAAACCUAUUAGAAGGGCAAAAGAAAAAGAAAAGAAGAGAGAAAAACAAGAAGCAAAAGAAAAAGGAAUUAUUUUAGGACCAAGCAAAAAGUAUUUGAAACAAGUCAAAAUGAAGGAUUCUUCGUGCAGUAUUUGUAUUGCUUUUGAUGUGUCUCUAGAUGAACUAAUGACUGAGGCUGAGCGAUCAAAAUGUUUUAAACAACUCCAACAUUGUUACUCAAUGAACAGAAGAGCUCCUGCUCCGCUUCAGCUAUACAUUACUAGCUUUAGUGGAGCAAUCCGAGAAAAUUUAUCUAAAUAUCCAGGGAUAGUGAACUGGGAUGUGUAUUUUCAUGAAGAAGAUUACAUUGAUUGUUUUGGGAAAGACCGAGUAGUAUAUCUCACCAGUGAAUCUGCAAAUAUUGUUGAAAAAUUGGAAGAUUCCAAAAUAUAUAUUAUUGGAGGUCUUGUUGAUCAUAAUAGGCACAAAGGUUUAUGUUACAGAAAAGCAAUAGAAAAGGGAAUAAGCCAUGCACGUUUACCAAUUGAUGAAUUCAUUAAAAUGCAGACAAGAAAAGUUCUUACUAUUGAUCAUGUGUUUGAAAUUCUUCUGCGAGUAAGUGAAGGCAAAACCUGGCAAGAGGCAUUUCUUAGUGUGCUUCCACAAAGGAAAGGAGCUAUUCCUAAGGAAGUCUGAUGAUUGCUUGGUUUGACAAGAUUAGGAUACCAAGUCACAAGUUUCUUGCAACUAGAAGAAUGAAGGCCAACAAACAUUAUUUCAAGGCAGUGUAUCAAAAAUUGAAAAAGUUGGUAUUUUUUGAAACAGGAUAAUGCUGUUCCUAACAAAAAUAUAAUUUUAAAUGAAAAGUUUACAGUUGAGCAGAUAUGUGGUUAGAAAGUAACAACUGCUUCUUAAACUAGAAUAGUACCAAUUGUGCAGAAUUAUAUUUAAAAUUUUUUCUUUGACCUCAGUUUCCAUGUAAACACCUUGUGAACUAAUUAUAUAGAAUAAUGACAUAAAUAAUCUGACUGAAAGGUUUGAAAAACGUUUUUUUUAUUGAGUUAUUAGUAAAUGUUCACGGCUAAGCAAUGAUUAGUUUGGAUAAUGUGCUUGGCAAAAUUAUUUUAUUUAAUUCACAUAUUUGAAGUAAAUACCUGUUAGAGGUCAUUUAAGGACAAACACUUAAAUGCAUGUAAAUAUUCACUGUUGCAUUUAAGUUUAAAUUGGGGGUUUGAUAAAGUAAUUGGAAGAUGUAGGGAUCAAGUGAGUAUAAUAGGAGGUUUUAUUAAUCAUUUGGAAUAUUUGACUUGUAUCUAUUUAAUAGGUUUAUUUACUAUACUUUUGGAAAAAUACCAAAAUGACUGAUUCUUGAGUUUUUAAUAUUAAAUUAGACAAAGGGUCAUGAGUGGUUUAGUGGUUAACAUGUGAGGAUGUGGAUUGAAAGGUCCAGAGGUUUAUAUCAUAAUACUGUUGAACAUACUUUUUACAAUUUCAGCUCUGUGUGCAUUAUAAAAAUGACAGUUAAUACCAUUAUUCAGUCUAAAGAGACUGAGAAACCCUGGUGGCAGUGGGACUACUAGUUUAUUGUCUUCUCUCCAGUAAAUGAUUUAAAAUAUGAGACUACUGUGACCUGACCAUUUAGCCUUUGUUUGUACAAAGUUUCAUGUAGAAUUAAACUUUAAAUUGAAUUAAACAAUAUCUUCAUGUAUUGAUUGUU